AGCCCAUGCAGAGGGUUGUUGGUUCCAGACCCGGAGCUGUGUGUGUGUGGCGUGUUUCCUCUCCGGCAGCACAGGCACUCCGAGGCUGUGUGUAGGAGAGUUUCUGAGAGAACACACAGGAGGGAAAGCGGAUCAGAACCGGGUUUGUUUUGUUCAAUCCCUCAGAGUCCCACAGGAAGGAGCAGCGGGGGGAGCUUGGUGUUUGUUGGAAUUGACACCAGCAAGUGGUGUGAAAGUGUGUGUGUGCGCGGAUGUGAGAGACUGAAUAAUCAUGACAGAACCUCCUGUGAAGUGGGCCUGUGAGUACUGCACUUACCAGAACUGGCCCUCAGCUAUAAAGUGCACGAUGUGUCGAGCUCAGUGUCCGAGCGCCGCCAUCAUCGACGAGGAGCUGAACGUGUUUAAGAGUAACUCCGUGCACGGAGACGACUCGGGAACCAGCAGUCUGAUCAUCUGCCCCGAUUCCAGCGCCAGGCCUCGGGUGCGCCCGCUCCAUCCCUCUGAGCCUGGCAGCCACGUGUCUGUGUCGCACCCUAACGUGGAAUAUAAUGAUAAAAACUGUUUGCACGCUCCGAGAUGGAGCUGCGUCAUGUGUACAUACGAGAACUGGGCGGAGACACGGAACUGCGCUGUGUGUGAGCAUCCACGGCCUAAUGAUGCCGUCGUUAACGAGCAGGGAGGAUGGAGGACGAGGAUGUCCCUGCCCAUCUCCUCCGACCAGGAUGCAGACGUCCACAUUCGGGACAUCGAGGUGGGAGCUCACGGCUGUGAUGAGGACGUUAAAAAGAUCAAACAGAUCAAAAACCGAAUGAGGAAGCGCGACUGGAGGUUUCUUAAUGCCUGUGUGGGAGUAGUGGAGGGUGACCUGGCUGCAGUGGAGGUGUAUAAAUCAUCAGGUGGAGACAUCGCUCGGCAGCUGACGUCAGAUGAAGCGCGGUUAUUGAACCGUCCCUCAGCUUUCGACGCCGGUUUCACGCUCGUCCACCUCGCUAUCCGUUUCCAGAGGCAGGACAUGCUCACGAUCCUCCUCACAGAGGUAUCCCAGCAGGCAGUGAAGUGUAUCCCAGCGAUGGUGUGUCCCGACCUGACGGAGCAGAUCCGGAGAGAGAUCGCCGCUUCGGUCCGCCAGCGGAAAGGAGACUUCGCCUGUUACUUCCUCACCGACCUCAUCACCUUCACUCUACCAGCAGAUAUUGAAGAUUUGCCUUCUGCAGCUCAGGAGAAGCUUUUUGAUGAAUUGCUUGACCGUGAUGUACAGAAAGAGCUGGAGGAGGACGAUGCGGUGAUUAACUGGUCUCUGGAGCUGGGUUCUCGAGUGGACAGUCGUCUGUACGCUCUGUGGAACCGAACAGCUGGAGACUGCCUGCUCGACUCGGUGCUGCAGGCCACGUGGGGCAUCUACGAUAAGGACGGGGUCCUCCGCAACACGCUGCACGACAGCCUGCACCACUGCUCACACUGGUUCUACACUCGGUGGAAAGAGUGGGAGUCGUGGUACUCACAGAGUUUUGGGCUCCAUUUCUCCCUCAGAGAGAAGCAGUGGCAGGAGGACUGGGCUUUCAUCCUGUCCCUCGCCAGCCAGCCCGGUGCGAGUUUGGAACAGACCCAUGUAUUUGUUCUUGCACACAUCCUGCGUCGGCCGAUUAUAGUUUACGGAGUGAAGUAUUACAAGAGUUUCCGUGGUGAGACUUUGGGCUUCACCCGCUUUCAAGGUGUUUACCUGCCGUUGCUAUGGGAACGGAGCUUUUGCUGGAAAAGCCCCAUCGCCCUCGGUUACACGAGGGGUCACUUUUCAGCGCUGGUCGCCAUGGAGACCGACGGCUACGAUAAUCGUGGCGCAGGCGCCAACCUCAAGACGGACGACGACGUCACGGUGACGUUCCUCCCGCUAGUCGACAGCGAGAGGAAGCUGCUGCACAUCCACUUCCUGUCAGCACAAGAGAUGGGGAACGAGGAGCAGCAGGAGAAACUGCUGCGCGACUGGAUGGACUGCUGCGUGACGGACGCAGGGACGCUCGCCGCCAUGCAGAAGAGCUGCCGAAGGAGGAACCAUCCUCUCGUCACUCAGAUGGUGGAAAAAUGGCUGGACGGGUACCGCCCGUGCCCCGCCCUUUCAGAUGGAGAGGAAGAGGAGGAUGAGGAUGAUGAGUGACGACAAGGACAAAGGAUGAAGAUCAGAGAGACAAAAACAAUCCCCACAAGUACACACGUUAUUCCAUGUUACAUAGCAAGGGCCCUUUAUCAUAUUUUUCUCUCAGUCACGCACAAAGAAAAGGCCUUUUUUUUUUUUUUAAACACCCCAUUUCCUGUAAUGCAAUGUAAAAACCGCAGUCCAUCUCUAUCCCAAACCAGUCUUUUUUUUUCUCCUGUGUGUGUGUGUGUGUGUGUGUGUGUGUGUGUGAAUAAUAUAUAAACAUGUACGAGUGCAGUUGUAAUGCAUGCGGUUCUUUCAGAGGUGUGUAACAUGAACACUAAUGAAUCCCAGCAUCAUUAAAGUGGAAAUAGUUUCUGUAGGUUAUGUAGCACACUUUUUUUUUUUUUUUUUUUUUUAUAAAAUAAUUCCCGAAAGUACAUUUAUUUUAUAGAAUUAACGUACACUACCGUUCAAAAGUUUGGGGUCACUUUGAAAUGUCCUUAUUUUUGAAAGAAAAGCACUGUUCUUUUCAAUGAAGAUCACUUUAAACUAAUCAGAAAUCCACUCUAUACAUUGCUAAUGUGGUAAAUGACUAUU